CUUUAUUUUAAUAUAAUUUACAUGUUUUAUAUGAGUAGGUACAUCAUUCUAACUUCAAAGCUGAGAUACCUAGUAAAUUAGGGCAGAAAGAAGCACAUGAAACGCCCAUUGAAGUUCAGAACGAACUUUCUGAUGAUCAGGUGAUAUGUCCAACUCCUAUUUGAUUGUUGAUUCCCACAAAUCAAAUAUCGCAAUCACAAUGGCUUCCAGAUGAGCUGUUACCAAGUUUAAAUCUAGGAAAAAGCAUCAUUCCGCAUUCAGUCACCAAUAUUGAAGAUCAGACACUAUUACCUAUGUAGAGAAUCAGACGUCUAUGUACUUUUAAUACGUCUCCUUAUUUAACAACUUUUGGAUCAUCUACUGGUGUUGUAUUUCCCCCUUAUUCUUUUUAUGUUUCAAUUUUUUCAUUAUUUUAUGUUUGUUUCGCGUAUGGACAAAUUUUGAUUGUAAAUCAAGUAUUAAUUCAUCACGUUCUGUUCUUUACAGGUAGUUCAUCAGUAUACCCUUCCAUUUUUGAAAUGAAACAUCCGUUUACUUCUGAUCUUAUAUAUGACCAGCAGGAUACCUCUUUAUUCGAAGCAUUCCUUAAUUGGGUUCGGGAAGGACUUCUUGUGAGGCAUGAGCAUAAGCUGAAUCAUCAAGACCAUUACAAGAAGAACAAAUCCAAUAUAUCCGUCUCCAUGAAUUUUGGUGUUGACUUGAUUAGUGACAAGAAUUGGUUCCACAAGUGAUUCUUCGAAGGACUGUUGAUGAACGAUUCGCAUAUUGAUGUGAUCCUAUAUUACCUGCGAAAGAAAGCCAAGUACAAUGUUGGCAACUCAUUUAAAUACACAACUGUAGAUUGUGUGUUUAAGUCCAAGAUUGCAUUGCUUUUGGACAAGUAUGUUGAUUUAGAAAGAGUUGAAAGUUGUGAUGAUGAAGAGCGCCUCAUAGGUGAUUAUAUCAACGGAUACAAAGUGUACUGGGUAUUGGCUGUUGUAUCGCUUAAUGAUAAAUGUAUUGAUGUUUAUGACUCAUAUAGAGCAGCAGGCCAUGAUGCAACCAUUAAAUUUGAAAUACAAAAGUUUUCUCAGCUCAUUCCUUUAUAUCUAAUAAUGUAUGGUUUCUAUACCAAGGAAGGAAUCGAAGCACCGUUCGACGAAUCAGACUUUUUUGAUGUGAUUUUCAUGAAAGAUAUACCUCAACAAGAAUCUGGUAGCAAGGAUUGUGGAAUUUUUAUGCUUGCAUUUGCGGAAUACUUGAGUUAUGGCCAAGGCAUUCCCGUGGACAGUUUUGAUUCACAAUACUUACGUACAAGAUAUGCUACCCUUCUUUGGAAUUAGGAUCAGCAGAAGAUUGAAGCCAGAGCCAUGAGUGAUAGUGAAGCACCGCCUAAAAUUAAUAGGGCAUGUUUAGAGUGUGAUAGUAGCGACAAGAUUAUAACUAAUUAGUUAAAGUCUGUGUAGUGACUAUUUAUUUUAGUUUG